AGAAUUGAAUGUAGUUUACUAUAGUAAAUAUUUAGGUAUACUACAUUAUUCAUUAUUGUUAAUGUUGGUGGCCUCAGACCUUUGGACCUGACUGCAAUCCAGUGAUGACACUGUUAACAUUGAUUUACCAUAUGUAGGUGACACCCCAUACAAAAAUUAACCAUGGUAAACAUGUAUUUGUAGUAAAAACAUAGUAACCAUGUACUGUACAAAUGGCUCACUAUAGUAAAAUAUUUUAACCAUGAUAUAAGGCUAAACUCUCAGAAAUAAAAGGUACAAAAGCUGUCACUAUGGUACCCUUUCAAAAGGUACACCAUUAUACCUAAAUUAGUACCUCAGAGGUACAUGCUGAUACUUCAAAGGGGCAUAUCUGUACCUUAACAGUAAAUUUUUAAAGGGUAGGUAGGCUACUGUCCCAGUGACAGCUUUUGUAUCUUUAUUUCUGCCAGUAGUAGUAGCAGCUAAUGUAUGGAAAACAUUUUAAAAAGUAAUGCCAGGUCUGAAAAGUUUUUGAACUGCUGUGUGCAAUGUAUUUUGCUUUUUCUUCAUCUUUUCUUUGAACUGUACAGCACUUUGGUCAGCCUUAAUGCUGUUUUUAAAUGUGAAAUAAAAAUAAAUGAACUUGAAAUAAAACGACCUUAAUACAAAAUGGGAAUCAAUACCCCCCUGCGCAAACAAAACAUGGUUACUACAAUUUUGGUAGCUAUAUAAUAAAUAAACAACAAAGACUACAAUAUUUUUUUAUGGCCAGAAAUAUGGUAGUACAUUGAUACUUUUAUGGGUGCAGACAUCAUUUUUUUGUGUUUUGUCAUAAGCGCGUGUGAUGCCCAAAUCGUACUAAGCUUUGAGACAUCAACUAAUCCAGGAUUUUAGGAAAUCAACUAUGAGGAAAAAUAGCAGUGAAGUGCGAUUUCACGGGUCUUUAUGGAUUAUUUUUUCUGUGGAAAUCCGCGAACCACGUGAGAUGAGUGCACUGAAAGCGUCCCGACAGCGCGCGCACUCUCGCAGUUCUCGAGAAACGGUCGCGCGUUCGGAUUCCUUCAUGUAACCGCCAACUGUUUUCAUUACCCGCGUGUUUUCUUUCUUUUAUUUUUCGUUUGCUCAUUUUUAUCACUCGCUAUGGCUUGGCCGUGCAUCAGCAGAGUCUGUUGCCUGGCCCGGUUCUGGAACCAGUUCGAUACAUCGGAUCUGUCCGUUCCGCUAACCAUCCAGAACUACUCGGACAUCGCGGAGCAGGAGGUGCGAUCCGUCGCCAAACUGGUUUCGGCGGAGCGAACGCCGAACGUUGACUUUUUAACGCCGGAUCAGCGCGGUUCUCCCGCGGCGCGGGAUGCUGUUGGAGUGCGUCGCCCGCAGCGGGGACGGACGGAACCGAGUUACAAACCCCGAGACGACUACAGUCCCCCGGGUGUGCCUUUCACGAGCGUGACCCAGUAUAAACAGGAUUACAAACCCUGGCCCAUCCCAAAGAAGGAUAACUUUCCCUGGAUCAGUAACGGCGGAAAGGGAGGCAGUGUGACGGAUAGCCCGGUAAACGGGGUCGCCAACGGUACGACGCAUCCGCGGGCGGAGCGGCAGGAGCGGAGCGGGAGGCAGAGAGGCGGAGAUCACAUCAGCUCAUACAGACAAGAGUACCAGCCUUGGUCUGGAGCUCGGCCGUCAAAGCCUGCCCAGAAACGGCCCACCUCUCUGGGUACAGGGUCUGACGCUGCCCCGCCGGCGACCAGCUACCAGGCUGCCUUCAGCCCGGACGCACACAGACAGACAGACGGCGUACUGGAGACGCAUGCGGAGCAAAGCAGUCUGUCAGAGAGAGCACACACACAGCGGGCGGAGGUCAGCAAUAAACCAGAGGAUCAGAUGUUGAAGACCAAGCUGUCACCAAACCCAUCCGCCGUCUUUCAAAGCAAAUCCAGGAUCUUCAACAUAUGAUCCAUCAAGCUCCCCUUGCACACAUAUACUAUUCUAAUAGGAAUGUUUAAUGUUUGAAAAUGUCUGAAUAGAUAAUCGAGGGAAAAUAACUAUUGAUGACGAAGACUGGGAUAAAACAGAUAUUUUCUAAAAUCAUUCCACAAAGGACAUAAAACAUUAAGAGGAAAUUUGCUGGAACUUUACACCAUGUAAAAUCUAUGCAAGAGAAUGUAUGCUCGAAGUGUCAACCAUCUAUGAAAGUAUAUAGCCUACAUUUGGAUUACACAUCAGGGUUAAGACUUCGUGUGAAAGAAAGUGCGUGAAAGUGUGUACCAAAAAAAUCGAAUAUUUGCAUGUUUCUUAAUAGUUUUAUGAAUCAUUUGAAUAUGCAAUGUUUAACAAAAGGAAGAAAACAUUCAAUGUGGUUACUUCAUGCGAGUGUGUGUGUAAUGUACAAGCUUAGUUACAUGUUAUUUUGUAUAUAGUAAUGUUGGUCUGCUUGAUCUGUUAAUAUCUACGCUGGAUGUUUCUAAUCGCUCCAGAGACCGCGGCACAUAUAAAAGACCUUACGUCUGCAUUAGCACUUUUAAGAUUAUUUAUUUGAGCGAUGCGGAGAGGAGGGGUGCAAGUUUUUUGUAAAUUGGUUUAGAGAGCAACAUGUUGAGGAAAACGCUUUAAAUAAAACGCAUCUUCUUAAAA